AUUUAAACCAACUCAAGUUCCAUACUCAUAGGUCUUUAAUCUCCCCAUAGUUCAAAGUUUUCAUAUUCUAAGCAAAUCAUAGGGUAUCACAUCACAUAUUCUAUAUGCAUAUAAUAUAACAUAUUGCAUACAUAUUACAUACUCUCAACCAAUAACAACAACAAAAAAUGGUGAGAUUCUUCAAAAUCAUCUUUCUUUUUUCUACCACCCUUUUUCUUUCUUUAUCAGAAUCAUCAACCACAAACCUCUACCUAUACGGUGGUUGCACACAACAAAUGUACACACCAAACUCACCCUACGAGUCAAACCUAAAUUCACUCCUCACUUCACUAGUCAAUUCAGCAACAUACUCAUCCUACAACAACUUCACCGUCCUAGGGUCCACCCAACAAGACAUAAUCUAUGGCCUAUAUCAAUGCCGUGGCGACCUCGCUAUGCCGGACUGUGCCUCCUGUGUCGCACGCGCUGUCACACGUGCCGGUGACAUGUGCCGCGACACGUGCGGAGGCACAGUCCAGCUCGACGGUUGUUUGGUGAAGUAUGACAAUGCUACUUUUUUGGGUGUGGAGGAUAAGAAUGUUUUGUUGAAAAAGUGUGGGCCUUCCGUGGGCUAUAAUCCAGAAGCCAUGGGCUCGAGAGAUGCUGUGCUUGGCGGGCUUGUGGGCUUAGGUGGGCCUUUUAGGGUUGGUGGGUCGGGUAUGGUACGUGGUGUUGCCCAGUGUACUGGGGAUCUUAGUUUUGGGGAGUGUCAAGAUUGUGUUGUUGAAGCGAUCGGACGGUUGAAAAGUGAUUGUGGUACUGCAGAUUAUGGAGAUUUGUUCUUGGGAAAAUGUUAUGCAAGAUAUUCUACUGGUGGGGCCCAUGAUACUUCUAAGGCCCAUGGAAAAUUUGGUAUAGAAGGUGAAAAGAGAUUUGCAUUAAUCAUUGGGUUAUUAGCAGGAGCAGCCAUACUUGUUAUUCUCAUUGCUUUCUUGACCAAGAUUUGUAGGAGACAGGGUAAAUAAGUUAAAUUAAGUUUGUGACACUUAGUGGCAUUUCCACUGAUCAAAUCUCACCGUAUGGACUUCCUCUAUGAGUUUGCUUUUGUGCCUCUUUUGCUUCAUGAUGUGCUUUAUCUUUUGUCACCCUUUUUAAUUCUCUUUCAAAUUUAAAAUUGAAUUCAAAAGACGACUUUGAACCUUGAAGAGGAUACAAAAAAGAAUGUGCAAGAUGGGGUACUUGUAUUUGAAUACAAAAAGAAAAGAGGAAAAAAGAAGUGAGCCAAGAGAUUCUAGUUGCUUUCCACUUUACAAAGUUGUGUUAUUUAAAGUCUCAUGCUUUACAAGCAAAAGUAACUAUAUUAUUAUUCAUUUAUUUCUGUAAAGUUCAA